AUGACCGCCUCCGCGUUGACACGGCAAUUGGAUAGCAUCUCCUUGAUGGCCCAGCCAACCCGAACUUUCUUGAGGCGGAUUAGUUUCUGCCCUUUAGAGAUCUGCACUCUGACAAUUGCCCUCUUGACUCCAUUCCUGCCCUCUCGGAUCCUUAUCUCGUUUGACGGAUUUAGCACGUGGUCAUGGGCCAAAAGAGCACUCUUGAGCUCAGCUUCGUCCACGGAGUCCUCGAUGCCAAUUAGCAGCAAAGCGACGCACUAA